AUGUCAGGAAAUGAGAAUUAUGGAGAUGUAGUCGGGGAUGCGGAAAAAGUUAAAUAUGUUUUAGAAGCGAUCACCGCCACUCAACUUGCAAAUAAACCUGUUUGCAAACGCUUGCGUCAGCCAAGGCAGGAUGGCACACCCCGCCCGAUUCUGGUAACGCUCGGCAGCGAAUCCCUGAGGAGGGACAUCCUCCAAAAAUUGGCACAAAGGAACGGCGGGCAGGGAGAGCUUCAGAUCCCGCAUGUUAACGACACACUGAGGAUAAAACGUGACCAACACCCAGCAAUAAGAGCUGAGUGGGGACGCAUGUUCAGGGCACUGGACACAGAAAAGCAAAAGCCAGAAAAUAUGGGCCAUGAGAUCUUUUUUGCUAAAAAGAAAAGAGUAAUUACCAAAGAUGCCUCCAGUUCUGCCCUGGGAGCCUCAGCAAUGGCCACAUCAGAGAGUGAGUCAGAGGAGGCAGACAUGGGCAGGCUGCAGGCCCUGCUGGAGGCCAGGGGGCUGCCCCCUCACUUGUUUGGUGCUCUAGGCUCCAGAAUGCACCAGCUGCUACACCGCUCCAUGAGUGGAGGAACAAUCACCAAAGCCCAGCAUUUGCUGCAGGGACUGCAAGCCGUGGGAGAUGAAGGACAACAGUUAACUGCUGCCAUAGAAAUGUGUCAGUUACUGGUGAUGGGCAAUGAAGACACCCUGGCUGGCUUCCCUGUCAAACAAGUGGUCCCGGCCCUGAUCACCUUACUGCAGAUGGACCACAACUUUGACAUCAUGAACAAUUCCUGCCGUGCUCUCACGUACAUGAUGGAGGCGUUGCCGCGCUCGUCUGCGGUGGUGGUGGACGCGGUGCCAGUCUUCCUGGAGAAGCUGCAGGUCAUUCAGUGCAUGGAUGUGGCGGAGCAGGCGCUCACGGCCCUGGAGAUGUUGUCCCGGAGGCACAGCAAGAGUAUUUUGCAGGCUGGAGGAAUAGCUGCCUGCCUGAUGUUCCUGGACUUCUUCUCCAUCACAGCACAGAGGUGUGCACUGGCCAUCACUGCCAACUGCUGCCAGAACAUGAACUCUGAUGAAUUCCACUAUGUUAGGGAUUCCCUGCCCCUGCUCAGUGGCAGGCUGAGUCAUCAUGACAAGAAGUCAGUGGAGAGUGUGUGCCUGUGCUUCAGCCGACUGGUGGAUAACUUCCAGACAGAUGAGAGAAUACUUAAAGAAAUAUCAGCACAUGGACUGCUGACGAACAUACUACAGCUGUUGGUGGUCACUCCCCCAGUGGUGAACACAGGAACAUUUGUGACAGUGCUGAGGAUGCUGGCAGUGAUGUGUGCCUCCUGCCCUGACCUGGCCGUGGUCUUGCUCAAAUCUAAUAUUGCUGAUACCUUAUGUUACUUACUGGUGGGCACUUCAGAGACUGCCUCACAGGGAGUAGAGUUGGUCACAAGAACACCACAGGAACUAUAUGAAAUAGUCUGUCUCAUUGGGGAGCUGAUGCCCAGCUUACCGAAUGAUGGCGUGUUUUCUGUGGACUCCCUGCUGAGGAAAGGCUGCACAACGAAUACAGACGCCGUCAUAUGGCAGUGGAGGGACGACAGAGGGAUAUGGCACCCUUACUCCCUGAUAGACAGCAGAAUUAUAGAGGCCUCCCAUCAGUCCGGGGAAGAUGAGGUCAGCCUGUCCACUAUGGGUAGGAACUACUCCAUAGAUUUCAACUCGAUGCAGCAGAUCAACGAAGACACGGGGACUUCACGCCCAGUACAGCGAAAACUGAAUCCACUUGCAGCUCACGGCUCUGCCGCAGCCAGCAACAACUGUGGCGUGGUUCGGAGUGAUUCGCGAGCAGAGAUCCUAAAGGAGGACAUGGAUCUUGCCUCCUCAUUCAUCAAGGCCUUGUUUGCAGUGCUGUAUGAAGUCUACAGCUCAUCUGCUGGUCCAGCUGUACGCCACAAGUGCCUGCAGGCCAUCCUUAGAAUGGUGUACUACGCCACUCCUGAAUUGCUCAAAGAUGUCCUUCAGAACCAUGCUGUGUCAAGUCACAUUGCUGCCAUGUUGGCGUCCCAGGACCUCAAAGUGGUGGUGGGAGCCAUGCAGAUGGCUGAAAUCCUGAUGCAGAAGCUGGCAAAUAUAUUUGGCAUUUAUUUUAGGAGAGAGGGAGUGAUGCAUCAAGUGAAGAGACUGGCAGACCCUGCCAACUGGGAGCCCUCCCCCCAGAAGUCCACAGAUUCUGCCAGCACCCCUGUGUCCCAGACCUCCAGGGAGGAACUGAGGGCAGCCGCCACCAGUGUCAGCAGCAGUCUGGGCAGCAGUCUGGAAAAAGUGGACCUGGAUAAUAACUCCACCACGCCAAACACUGUGGCAGGGGGAGCCACUGCUGCUACUCCAGAGGCGGCGUUGGACAGGAGUCCUGGGUCGUCACAGAUGAGGCUGAGUGAUGUGUUAAAGAGAAAGAAGCCCCCAAAGCGGUCAUCACGUAGUUCCCGCAGCAGCAGUAGUGGGAAGACAGAUGAAAGUCCAAGUGCUAUGGAAACUGUGUUUGCCAGACUGGGAGGUGGUGGAGGAGGGGGCAGUAAUAACAGACCCACUCCUUCCAGUAGAGGAAAAACAGGAAAAGACACCAGCAAGUCUGGAGGAGCCACACCAAAGAGUUCCUUUUUAGCCAACCUGAACCCAGCCAGGUGGGGGAGGGCCAGUACCAGCGCCACCCCAGAGAGACCUGUCUCUACAAGGAUCAUUGUCCACCAGCAGGAAACCUUCAUAGUGAAGUCCACCAGCAACCCUAACCUGGUGUCCAACAGGGAGAAGGUGAAGACCUGGAUCAGAGAACAAGCUGCCCGUUUCAUAGAGCAGUACUUCAGUGAUGAGACUCAGGGUAGCAGUCAUCCAGCCAUGGAUGUACUGAAGAGGUUGUCAGUGGCCACAGAACAACUGGCUAAUCUGGAGGAGGAUGCAGGUCUGGAGUGUCUACAGGUGCUAUCUACUAUCAUGAAGGACAGCGAUGUGUCCCCCUUUGAGAUCAUCCACAGUGGGUUUGUGGGCAAGCUGCUCAAGUAUAUCUCCUCGGCACAUGGGGUGGUGUCCAGGGAAGUGAAGAUCAGGAGAUUUCUACACGUCUUCCUCAACUGUCCACCUCCAGAUGUCACCACUGUCUCCCAGGUUGAGUUCUCAGAGAACCCUCCCUUCUCUCCUCUGAUCAGCAAGUUAGUGGGCUGCCUACACCAGCUUGAGCAGUUCCAGGUCAAAGUUCAUGACCUCCCUGGAGGAGGUACUGGCAACAGCAGAGGAUCCAGUGCUAUCAAAUUCUUCAAUACUCACCAGCUCAAGUGUAACCUAGUUCGCCAUCCUGCCUGCACCAACCUGCGCCAGUGGCGUGGAGGUCCUGUGAAGAUUGACCCCCUGGCGCUAGUGCAGGCAAUAGAGAGAUAUCUAGUCAUGAGAGGCUAUGGGAGGAUAAGACCUGAUGCUGAUGACGAAAACAGUGAUGAUGAGAACUCUGAUGACGACUUAGAUGACACCAGGGCGGCAGUGUUUUUGACCCAAGGCACUGGCAGACACAAGCUGGAGUUCCUGAUGGGAGACCGGGUACUGCCCUAUAACUGGACCGUGUACCAGGCUAUUAAACAGUAUGGAUCACUGGAAGGAAGGGACGGCAGUGAGACGGACACUGACACAGAAAAUCCUUUUGGACACGCUGGCAUAUGGGUGCAGACACAUACAAUAUGGUAUAGGCCAGCGCCAGAAGAGGACACCAAUGCAUCUCAGCCUACUAGUCCAAAGAAAACCAAGGCAGAGGGGAAGAGUCACAAGGCCUCGCCCAAAGGGAAGAAGGGAGAUGACCUGUGGCUUGGUGGUCAGUGUCCUCCUGUAGUGUUACCACUGGACAGAUACCUAUCCCCCAGCCUUCCAGACAGUGUGCUGGUCCAGGACCCGUCCCUGGAGGUGCUGGCCCUGCUCAGAGUGCUACACGCCAUCAAUAUUUACUGGGGGGCGCUCUAUGAGACCAGCAGUUAUGAUCCCCUAGUGUCCAGUCUGGAGUUCUCCAGUAGUAAACUGAUAGCCAAGGCCAACCGCCAGCUACAGGACCCUCUAGUAAUAAUGACAGGAAACCUCCCCCAGUGGCUGCCUGAGAUUGCUGCAGCAUGCCCUUUCCUCUUCCCCUUUGAUACGAGGCAGAUGUUAUUCUAUGCAACGGCGUUUGAUCGUGAUCGUGCCAUGAUGCGCCUGCAAGACGCCACUCAGGACGCUGCGAACAAUGACACCAGUGAGAGAGUGGCACCUAGAUUAGACAGGAGGAAACGUGUUGUCUCUCGUGAUGAUCUCUUGAAGCAAGCAGAGAAGGUGAUGGAAGAAAUGGGCAAUAGUAAAGCACUGCUGGAAAUACAGUAUGAAAACGAGGUAGGAACUGGUCUGGGUCCCACCCUGGAGUUCUAUUCUUUAGUCUCCAGGGAACUGCGAAGGUCUGACCUAGACAUCUGGCGGGGAGAGGCCACCAAACUUAAAGAUUCUAGUG